CUCGCUGCCAGCAUGAUGACCUCGCGACCAAGUACCUACGGAACACCGGCCCAUGAAGGCGAUGGGCUUCUCUCUGCGCCGCGCCGCUCCUCUUCGUUGCGCGCGAACGUCCUCCUUGGACUCAAUGUCGCGAUCGCAGGCGCCUUGGGCCUUGUCGGCGUCUCGAUGCACAUGUCCCACGCUCGCUUUGAAGCGCUCUCGGCCAAGAUGGACGAUUUCUUGAGCCAAGCACCGACGGCCGAUCUGCACGCCGAGUACCGAUCCCAUGCUGUGGCCCCGUCCAAGUACGCCGUGAAGCACGUGACACCACGCAAGGACCAGUCCCAGCGCGGAACGUGCUGGGAUUUUGCCACCAUCGGCGUCCUCGAACAGUCGUACCGCGCCCACGGCCUUGCCCAUGGCUGGCUCGAAGAAGACGAGUACGUCUCGUUCUCGGAGCAGGCGUAUGGUAUUGCUGUCAUGGAGCUUUGCGCGGGUCCGCCGUCGUCGCCGCAGCAAGUGGCUUGUCGCGUUGCCGGCGACUCGAUGUGGAAGAAUUCGACCGAAGGCGGCGAAGUCGGCGAGCUCUACUACCUGCAGCACGGACUCACCAACGCGGUGUUUCCCCACGCGAUUUGCCCGUACAUCAAAACAGGCGGGAACGACUCGACGUGCCCGGGGCUUUCAUCCGACCGCCGUCAUGACAACCCGCUCAAGUUUAAAGUGCGCUCCAUGGAGACGUGGUACGACGACUUGACGAUCAAGGCGCGGCUGUUUGAGCAGAAAAAAGCCAUGGCGCUCUCAACGCCUGUGACGUACGUGACGCACUACUACCCGUGCAUUGGCGAGUUUGCGUCCGACCCACACUGCACCUUGGACCACUGCACCUUGUGCCCGACCGAAAUGUCGGCAACCUCGUGCUGCGUGCCGCUAAAAGGCGGGCGCAACCGCAACAUGGAAGGCGAGUUCUUCUCGCACCGCGGGAUGACGAUUGAAGGCGGCCAUGCCAUGCUCCUUGUCGGCUACAACGAUGCGUUCAUGACGCGCGAUGGGUUCACGGGUGGCUUUGUUGUCAAGAAUUCGUGGCUCGACGGCCCCACGCAAGGCAGCCAUUCGCUCCACUACUGGAUGCAAGAGCACUCGGACUGGGAAGAGCGCGUCGUUUGCCCCAACUCGUACAAUCCGUUCAACUGGUACCAAUGCGGCAACGACGCCGAGCCCGUCGUGGCGCCUGCCAACACGUCGACGUCGACGGUGACGACGGCGCCGCCCACCAAAAAAGAGGCGUUCAACCGAACCAAGGCCUUUAACGGCGGCAUUAACGCUUGUCUCUCCAAGGAGACGCUCGUGUACGCUGAAAUCAACUACCAGCCGCUGCACUUGGUGUGCAUCGACGAGCGCCAGUGCUCGAGAGCUGCGAAUGUGACGUACUUUGUGAAGAACACCACCGACUGGGGCGACCGCAUGACCAUCAUGUGCCUCUGGGAGUACAAUCCGGCCUCGGACGCGCGCGCUUUUUGCCUCAAGCCGAUGCUGGAAGUCGACAUUGCGAAAACGUUGACGCCCGUGCCCACCGAGGUGCGAUCCAACGACCCGGACCGAUGCGGGUUUUACUUUAUGCCGUACGAGUCGAUUCGCCGGUACAUUGCGCAGUUCCAAGGCUUUUAUGUCAACGCAUUUGACAUUGAGUGGCACCCGCAGUCGUAUUUGCGCCAUAAAGCCAAGUACCCGCAUCUCAACUACGACCUCCCGCGCAGUCGACGGCCUUCCAGCACGCCGACCACUUUGACGGGCCGUUCCCGUUUGCACAGGUUGUCGACUUUCCACACAACUAGUGCUUCGUUCCUUCUGCCUGCAGUCUGGACUUUGUAGUGGGCCCUUGAACAUUGA